GCAAGUAAUGACAGUAGUGUUAACGAAUCGUUCCGGGCAGUUUUAAUUUCUUGUCAAAUUAUCUUAGAUUUAAAACGAUCGUCCUCGAAAAUCUCUUUUGAUAAAAUAUACGUCAUAUUUUCUUUUUUUAAAAAGUAUUUUCUUAUUUUAAAUGCCGCAAGCCCUUAGAAGUAGAAAUUGGAAUUCCCCUGUAAAGCGAAAGUUAAAGUCGGUCAACAAUACGAAUUGGCAGGAGGAUUAAGCAUUUUAUUUUGGAGCCUGCAAAAGCAGCAAGUUCUCAGCGUGAUGAGGGAAGGCAAGAAGAUGUUCGCAGCGGCAAUAUGCCUGGAUCAGGCCGUCUGUUGCGCGUUGCACUACGGAGCGGCGCUUGCGCUACCGCCGUCGCGUAACCCCAGCGGUGUGGAGAGCCUGACGCAGAUCUGGAUGCUGGCGGCGCUCCGGUGGGCGCUAGUCCGCUUGUUCUGCGCGGUGGUGCCCAAAUCAGGGAGCAACGACGUGCUUCACCGCUAUCUGACGGCGAUAUGCCUCCUCAGUCCAGUGUACGAAAGCGGGAUGUUGGUGCUGUUCGGGAAACACCCGGAGCACUGGAGCGGGUCGCUCUCGAGCCCGGGGAAAACUCUCGUAGCGGCGGCUGCCACGGCUACCGCCUGCCUCUUUUGGGAGGUGAACCUUCCGGACAGUCGCGGGGAGUCCUGUGAAAGCUCCAACGGGACGGAAAGGAAGCAGAGAGCCAGGGCGCUAUUCAUGCGGGUGAUCCGCUACUCCAAGCCCGAUGUUCUGUUUCUGUGCGGCGCGUUUGUCUUCCUCGCUUUCGCUGUCAUAUGCGAGAUGUUCAUCCCGUUUUACACGGGGAAAGUGAUUGACAUUCUGGGAUCUCACUACCAGCCAAGCAGCUUCGUGGCGGCUAUCUUCUACAUGGGACUCUUCUCAGUGGGCAGCUCCCUGUCUGCGGGACUCAGAGGAGGGCUCUUCAUGUGCAGCAUAUCCAGGCUGAAUAAGAGAGUGCGUGUCAUGCUCUUCCAGGCCCUCGUUAGGCAGGAGAUCGGCUUCUUCGAGGUCACCAAAACAGGGGAUCUCACGUCCCGCCUCUCCACUGACACCACCCUGAUGAGCCAAUCGGUGGCCAUGAAUGUGAACAUCCUUCUACGCAGCCUCAUUAAGACGGUGGGCGUUCUGUUCCUCAUGGUCAGCCUGUCCUGGAAGCUCACACUGGUCACCUUCAUCGAGGUUCCGCUCAUCGCCGUCUCCCAGAAGAUCUACAACACCAACUACGAAAAACUGUCCAAGGACGUGCAGGACUCCAUCGCCCGUGCGAACGACGUGGCUGGGGAGUGUGUGGCGGGCAUUAGGACCGUGCGGAGUUUCAAUACGGAGCGGUGUGAGGCGCAUCGCUAUGACGACAGACUGAUGGACACCCACAACCUCAAGACCCGCAGAGACACCGUCAGGGCCGUCUACCUGCUUGUCCGCAGGCUGGUGUCUCUGGGAAUUCAGUUCCUGAUGCUGUACUACGGCCGCCAGCUCAUCCGCGGGGGCACGAUGAGCACGGGAAACCUGGUCUCCUUCAUCCUCUACCAGGAAAACAUGGGCUCCCACGUCGGGUCCCUAGUCUACAUUUGUGGCAACAUGCUGAAUUCAGUGGGCGCGGCCGCCAAGGUGUUCGAGUACCUAGACAGGAAGCCGCAGGUGAGCGCGGAGGGCGACCUGCGGCCGGAGACCCUGCGGGGACACGUCCAGUUUCAGAACCUCACCUUCUCCUACCCAACCCGCCCCGACCGCCCCGCCCUCCAGAGUUUUUCCCUGGAGCUGAAGCCAGGUCACAUGACCGCCCUGGUGGGGGCCUCAGGUGGGGGGAAGAGCACCUGUGUGAGCCUGCUGGAGAGAUUCUACCAGCCACAGGAUGGAGAGAUCCUAUUGGAUGGGCAGCCACUGCAUCGCUACCAGCACAAGUACCUGCAUAGCAAGGUGGCGAUGGUGGGGCAGGAGCCUGUGCUCUUUUCUGGCUCCAUCAGGGACAACAUCGCCUACGGCCUGACAGACUGCCCCCUGGAGCGGGUGCAGGAAGCUGCACGCAGGGCCAACGCCCACGACUUCAUCAGCCAGCUGGAGCAGGGCUACAACACAGAUGUAGGUGAGCGGGGCAGUCAGCUGUCUGGGGGUCAGAAGCAGCGUAUCGCCAUCGCCCGAGCUCUGAUCAGAGAGCCACAGGUCCUCAUCCUGGACGAGGUCACCAGCAGCCUGGACACAGAGAGCGAACACAUGAUUCAGCAGGCAUUGGCUAGCUGCCCUUCCCAGACUCUGCUGGUGAUUGCCCAUAGGCUGAAGACAGUGGAGAAGGCGGAUCACAUUGUGGUGAUUGACAAGGGGGCGGUGCUAGAGCAAGGGACUCACCAGGAGCUGAUGGACAGGAAGGGGAACUACUACAAACUCAGAGAGGGGCUGUUCUCCGAAAAAGAGUCCAGCGGUUCGCCUGCCGAGAGCAAACCGCUGAACCAGUGAGGUGUUGGUCUUAAGCACAUGCGGGAUUAAACUCAGUGUGCGGGGCAAAAACGAAAAGUUUGCUCUCAUUCUGAACCGUGUGAUUCAUGAUAUCCGGAAUCACCUUUCCAGUAAGACAGCCAGCUACCACUUAUUAUUAUUAUUAUUAUUAUUAUUAUAGGCAUUUAGCAGACGCUCUUAUCCAGAGCGACUUACAUUGUAUCCAGUUAUACAGCUGGAUAUAUACUGGAGCAAUGCAGGUUAAGUACCUUUGCUCAAGGGUACGAUGGCAGUGUCCUACUGGGGAAUUGAACCUGCGACCUUUAGGUUACGAGAUUAACUCCUUAGCCAUUAUACUACACUGCCACCACUUGAGACUGUACGCAACAGCAACACCACAGAAACCGACGUUGCACUCGUUGCUGUCGCGAAAAUGUAGUUUUCUUAUGUUUUCUUACCUUUUUAGGAAGAGUUUAGUUUUAUGCUUUAGGGAAAAAACUGUUCUCAGAUGCUUUUGUUUCUCCUUUUUGAUCCUGUUUAUUUUUAUUGAAUGUGUGUGCAAUAUUUUUCUGUUCUGUGAAUAAACUAUUUGUCUACUUUAUAUUCCAGUCAUCUUGUGUGUAUGUGUGUAUGUUUUUUCAGUAAGAAACGCAUCAGUUGAAGAGCGAUAAAAAAAUAUAAUUGACCCAUGAUUUACACCUGCCAGAAAUCAAAUCAAAUCCUCAUUCUAACUUGUGGCACCAAUUAAAACUUGGAGUUUACUCUACAGCAAUAAAUCAAGCAGUGACAUUGCAGCCACAGGGAAAACAAACACGUAUUUAAACUGAAGGUGCAAUGAACUGUAUUAGGAACUACAGUAUAUCUAUGGUAAAACUUGUGGGUGGGGCGGAGUUUUGAUGAUGCACCACACUACAUAUAUUGGGGUCUUCGCCAUUUUGUCUCUCGCUUAUUCCUGUUCAAGUUAUCUAACUGUGCCUAACCUGCAUUGAUUACUUGAGAAUAAUAAACAGCAAGAUUGUGCACCGUGAA